AUGCGAAGACUGCAAAUGGCUGGCCUCGUCACUUCUCUUUGGCGGCCGUUGGGAGUUAGCAGCGAGCAAUGCUGUGCUGCCACUCCCCUACAGCAGGAUUUCUCUGUUGCUGUUGAGCUCCUCGCCCCGCGGAAGCCGCCACUUCCAGAAUCCUUUAUGAACACCUUUAAAAUGUUCCAAGAGUUCCGGCCUGAGUGCUACAUCCUGCCAACGAAGUCGUCGUACUUUGCCGCGUCCGGCAGCAGCGGAGUACAGGAAGCCAUCGACUACGUGCAGCAGCAGGGCGGUCGUGUGGUGCUGACGCUGGCGGCAACGACGCCCGCUGCUGGCGGUGGCGAAGCCGGAGGCGCGGCGGCGACGCGUGAAGGGGUGAGGCGCG